AUGCCGAAUCUAUCUAAACGCCAGAUCCCGUCGGAACUACGAGUCGAUAUGGCAAACCAACUUAAUGUCCGCCGUGGGCUUUCUGAACGUGCUUUAUCAAAAUCUCCAGCACUACCUCUACCAAGCAGCGCUCUUCCUUCGCCAUCAUGGCUAGAAAGUUCAUCAAACCGAUCGUCGUUCAAACAAGCAUCAACAUCAACUAUAUACGGACACGGGAAAUCAAGUGUCUCGUCGCACACUGUCGCCUCAAGGCUAUCUGUUCAAUCACGACAGUCGACGUUUUCAAAGAGAGAGCAAGUCGCAUGGGAUACGAUAUCAAUGCAUGAGGGAGUUCCGGAUUCUGAUAUAUCGACACCUCUACCCUCAAUUAUGGCAGGAGAUCGCGGUGCUCUGUCACCAGCUCUACGAGAUAUUAGUGAUGGAUCCUCCGUCAGUGAUGUAUCGUCAGGCGCACAAACGGAAAAGGCUAUGAGUACCUUUUUGAUGUCACAGUAUCUCUUCCAACGUUUCCAGCGCAAAGGUCUUAUCCCGAACAGUAAUUCGCUAGGAUCAUACUCGGACUGUGGUCUUCUAGUCCGUCGAGAUACAGGCAGUUACAUUUCGCAACCUAUGUCAAUAUCUCCCUCCCUUCUUAACGCCGUGGCCAACCUCGACGUUUAUGUUGCAUUUACCAUGAGGUCAUACAUAACGGAACCGAUCUUCAAAGCACUUCCACAAGACUUGAGAGAACUGGAACUGAGAAAAGGUGGUGAUAAAUAUCAAGUUGUGGAUAGUCUUGAAGAAAUCGCACAGGCAUCGCCUAGGGAUAUUAGUAGGUUUCAGUAUAUAUGCUUCGUUCGGGAGGAACGGGUUGUUUUGCUCUGGCAUGAUUCAAUCAAAGAAAUAGUCGACCAUGCUGCGAGAGUUGAAGAAGUAUUUUUGUCUCAAAUCUUGAAUAUCAAUGUCGCAUCGCCCAUGUCAGAGUCGAUUCCUUCGACCCCGAUGAACGAGAAAACGUUUAAUACUCUCUACGAGGCACCUGAAAAGACGAUAGAAAAGAUGGCUUAUCAUAAAAACCUUCAAGGGGACGAGGAUGAGAAGAAGCCGACCGCAGAAGUCGAAGUCAGAGAAGUUUCACCGUAUGAUGUUGAGCGCGGAACCCUUUGUGGCGAGUCUCUCGCAAGGGUGUCUUAUCCAUACACCUCGAUAUACCUUGGGAUAGCAAUGGCAGCUGUAGCAGUGCUAGUUCUCGGUCAACUGGUUAGAGUCUUGCUCAUGGAGACCCUGGCGGAUCAGUACUAUAUUCGGUUCGCACUCGUCGCAGCGAUCCCAAUUUUGCUCCCGUUAACUUGGUUUUUCGCAGGUACUUUCAUUAUUUUUAUUGCACAGACAAUCGGUCCGAUUGGUGGACUGCGGGAGAACAGCCGAUUCUACUCUGCUCGCCCGCCAAACGUCCAACAGGCUACUAAAGUAGGCUUCAAACCACCACAUAUCACUAUACAAAUGCCUGUGUAUAAGGAAUCGCUUAGUGUUGUUAUCAAACCUACCGUCGAUUCCCUGAAGCAAGCUAUCUCGCAAUACGAGCUGCAAGGUGGCUCCGCAUCGAUUUUUAUCAACGACGACGGUCUACAGACGAUGCCAGUUGACGACGCAAGGAAACGCAUCGAUUACUACAGGAAUAACAAUAUCGGCUGGGUAGCCCGGCCGCGUAAUGGCCACAAUGGUUUCGUUCGUGGCGGAAAAUUUAAGAAGGCCUCGAACAUGAACUUUGCUUUGGGAUUGUCGCUGACUACUGAAGAUAAACUGAUGGAACUCGUCAGGGAGAAGUACGGAUCCAAAGCUGUUCUCAGUGGCCGUGAAGAACAGGAUCUAUACUCUCAGGCUAUGUCCAUGGCGAUUAAAGAAAAUGGCUGGGCGUGGGCUGGAGGAAAUAUUCGUAUCGGUGAACAUCUACUGAUCGUGGAUUCAGAUACACGGGUGCCUAAAAACUGCCUCAUGUAUGGAGCUGCAGAACUGUACUUGAGUCCAGAGGUUGCUAUCCUUCAACACUCUUCUGGGGUCAUGAACGUUACGAAAUCCUUUUUCGAAAACGGGAUGCAAUUUUUUACUGAUUUGGUAUACUACGCUAUCCGUUUCUGCUGUGGGAGCGGAGAGCCUGCGCCGUUUGUCGGCCACAACGCUUUUAUUCGCUGGCAGGCACUGCAAAGUGUGGUAUUUCGAGACAGAGAUGGCCGGGACAAAUGGUGGAGUGAAAGUCAUGUCUCUGAAGACUUCGAUCUUUCGUUCAGACUACAAGUGACCGGAAACGUCACGAGGUUAGCUGCAUAUCAUACAGGCGAGGAUGCCUUCCAAGAAGGUGUUUCCCUUACUGUUUACGACGAACUCUCACGAUGGAAGAAAUACGCCUACGGCUCAACCGAAAUAAUCUUUAAUCCAUUCAUAUACUGGUUUACAAGAGGCCCGAUUGCGAAGGGGUUUAGAGAAUAUAUGGGGACUGGCUAUAUCUCUAUGGCCUCGAAAUUCCAUGUUACUGCCUACCUCUUUUCUUAUCAUGCUAUGGCUUCCUCGCUACCACUUACCAUCUUGAACUAUAUUCUCGUCGGUUGGUUCAAAGGCGACUUCGAUCAAUUUUUCAUUCAGUCAUGGCAAACAUUUAUGGCGACGGUGUUUGUAUUCAAUAUUGUGGGCAACGUCGCACUUGCAGUUCUCCGGUACCGUCUCAGUGAAAAACCCUUCUUCUAUUCUCUUUUCGAAAAUCUGAAAUGGGCACCUUUCCUCAUCAUAUUCUUUGGUGGCCUUUCUUUCCAUCUGAGCACCAUUAUUUUGAGUUACUUACUCUCAAUCCCGGUUGCAGACUGGGCAGGAACACAGAAAGAAGCAGAAAAUAGUAACUUCUUCAAGGAAUCUGGCAAGAUUGUUCGAAGUUUCAAAUGGAUGUAUUUGGUGAUGUUUGCCUUGACUGGUGGAAUGAUAUAUUUGGGCACGGCAGCACCAAGAGAAUGGUCUAUUAGGGACUACACUGCUAUUACACCGUUGUCUUUCAAUAUAGUCUGCCAUUGUUUAUUGCCGUUGGUUCUUAAUCCCGAUCUGACCAAGGUCCAAUUUUAA